AUGCUGACCGGACUGCUGGUGUCUCAGAUCUUCAGCUAUGCUUGGUACAUAGAUGACACAAAUGACAUUUUUAUAAACCCCAAUGGGAAAACUACAAUAGCCGGCCUGUCUAAAGCUGGACUGGGGACACUUCAUCUGCUCUGUCUGGGAAUCUUCACCAGGUAUUACCAGCUGCUGAAGAAGGGCUUUGGCGUGUUGUGGCGGUCAGACCACAGUCUCACCCGCGAGGAGCACAGGGAGAAGCAUCACACUUUGUUUUGUAUGGCCACCGACCUGAGCAUGCUCAAGUUGUUUGAAUCAUUUCUGGAGAGUGUCCCUCAGCUCCUCCUGCAAGUCUAUGUCAUUCUGUUCAGCCACAGGGAAGCCUCCAUACUGCAAUAUUUGUCUAUGGUCUUUUCCUUCCUCAGCACUGCCUGGGCGCUGGUGGAUUAUCGGCGAUGUCUGCGCAGGUCACUCCCUCGGAUCAGUGAGAUGCCCUCUGGCCUGCCCACUGUCGUCUACCUGCUUUACAAACUGGGCACCAUCACGAGCCUCCUGUCCAGUUUGCUCUAA